AUGACUGUCGCUGACUCGGCCAAGCAGAAGCUUGCUCAGCCGUUUGGUGGUCAGGAUCCGAAAAAGCAGAAUUACGAGUGCUUCUCUGUGGCCGAUGAAAACUAUGAUGUGAACGGUGCAGUAACACUGCGGCCCCAUGUCGAGUUAUGGAGGCCCUACGCCAUUGCACUCUGCAUCGUGUCGCUGUUAGUAACUCUUGGGCUGGCCAUUGCAACGUUUAUCCUAGCCUCUGGUGCAGGUAAUGAUGCACUGUUUGGCUUUGGUGCCACAUGUGUUUUGGACUUCCUGUCAACUGCGUUCGUGCUGUGGCGCUUUUGGCCCAACAGCAAAGCAACGUCCAAUUCUUAUGAGCUGGAGUUGGAACGGGUCGCAUCCCUGAGGAUCGCCUUGCUGUUCGUCGUUGCCUUCUUGGUGAUCAGUGCAAAGUGUAUGUAUAGACUAAUUGUGGGUCUGGAUCCGAGUGAAAGCUAUAGCAUCCUGAUAGUGUCGUUUAUCAGCCUUGCGCUGUGCGUAGCGCUUGCCGUGGCCAAGAUCAGCUUGUCCAAGCGAGUCAUGAGCCCCAGCUUGUAUUCUGAUGGUAUAAACUCCUUGGCUGGUGCAGUAAUUGCUGUUGGUGUCAUUGUGAGUUGGUAUGUGUACAAAUCCCAUCCGGACGUCUGGUACUUGUCCUCUAUCAUUGGACUGCUCGUUGCCGUUGGGCUCUUGGUGAUCGGUGUCUUCUCGGGAUGGAGACUGACCAAGCAGCGUCCACCGACGGGUGCACUGGCCUACUGA